AUGUCAGACCUCACCACAGAGGAGCGCAUCAAGCUCGCAGUCUCGUUCAUCGAGCAAAGCCCUCCGGGCGAAGUAAACGAUGUAGUGAAUGCCAUCCGUACCAUCAUUGGAGACGACGACGCGCUCAUGCCUCACGCGGUACCCGCUUUACGCGCGUACAACCUCGCGCAGCUGCAGGUCGUCAACCACCCUGCCAGCGAGGGCGUCGACGCUCACUCCUCCCUCCUCUCAGACGCAACUCUCGUCCCAAACACCUCUCCCGAGCGGUUCUACGACCACGUCGCAGCCCGCACAUUUAUGUUUGACCACGUAACCCUCCUUCCUGGCGACUACCAACCCAUCACCCUCCCCGAAGCGGACGAGGCCUUCCGCGCAGCCCUCGCCGACUCGCUGGGCAACUAUGCGCGUAACCACUUUCCCUCGGGGCACGCCUCCGUGUCGACCGACCGGAUUCCCCUGCCCGUCAUCCAACCCGAGAGCGAGCAGACGGGCCGCAAGGAGGAGGAGUCGACCCCGCUCGUGGCCCGUACCCCUCUUCCCGAGGACGAGGUGGACGCCGAGGGCGGGAUGCAGGCCCUCGAGGAGGAGGUUGAAGCUGUGAGCCGCGCGGACGAGAUGGAGGAGAUGGAGGAUGAGGAGGUAGAGUCGGAGCGCGACAUUCCCGGUCGCGUCGAGGAUAACCCAACCCCGGAGGACGGGCCGCACGUUCCCCGUACCCAGGAUGAGGUUGAUGCCGAAGGCGGAAUGGAGGCGCUCGAUGAGGAGAUCGACGAGGUUUCCGCCGAGCAAGCCAAACGCGAUGAGAAGGAGACGGAGAAGGAGAUGGAGAAGGAGACCGAGACCGAGACCGAGCAAGCCCUCACUGCCGACGAUGCUGAGGACGCACGCGAGGCCGACGAGGCCUCGCCGGCAGCCGAGAGCUCACCCGUCCCCCCAGCGCCUGUCUACACCCCUCUUGAGAACCCCACUUUCACCCUCGAGAUCGUCGGCAACCGCUUCAACCCGUCCAACUUCUGGACAGGGCGAUGGCGCACCCGCUGGGUCGUUGAUCGCGCGGCGAAGUCCGUCGCCGGUACUAUCCGCGUCGACGUGCAUUACUACGAACAGGGCAACGUGCAGCUUACGACGGAGCAUCGCGCCUCGUUUGUGCUUCCCGAGGGCGAGGACGCCGUGCUCGCCAGUGCCAUUGUUAGCAGCAUCGCGCGCAUCGAGACCGAGUACCAGCUUGAACUUGGAGUCGUGUACAGCGGCCUCGGAGACAAGGCGUUCCGUGCACUGCGCCGUGCGCUGCCCGUCACCCGCCAGCGGGUCGACUGGGACAAGGUGAGCGGGUACUCGAUCGGCAGUGACCUCUCCAAGGCAUUUGCUUAG